AUGGCAGCUGUAGAGAUUCCUUCGCCGAUUUCUAUGCAAAGCAUUCACUCACACGACACGAUUCAAAAUCCAAUUCAUACCUCAGAGCCAGUUGAAAACGCUUCAAUCAUUGACGUUGACAAAGAUGUCUCUACCUUCACCGAUGACGUGGGAGGUGUUCCUUCCACAGCAGCGACCUCAGAAGAGUCUCAUGAGGCUGACAACAUUGCUGAUGCCGACAUAGGCCACCCUUCUCCUGAGACCAAGCUUCCUAAAGAGAAGCACAGAGAAAAGAUUCUCAUGGAACGUCUUGGCUCCGCUAUAAACAAAGGGAUCGCAGCUAAUUUCGACAACACCACUGACUUGGAGGUGGUGACAGACAAGAGAAGCGAGCAACGCUAUAUCAAAGCCAUGGAAGCACUUCUAAUGGAGUGGUAUCGCGAAGAUGAAGACACUUUGCGUGACAUCAGUAAUGGCGACAUCACCAUCUUCCAUAGAGUCAACGGCUAUAUCCAUCCCCAAACAUGGGAAGAGGUCAUCGAACAUGGUUCUCAGAUUGACUUUUGGACUCACUCUGCGUAUGACUCAGACAGUUCAGAAGAUUCACAUCCACCAGAAAGCAAAAUGUACGAAAGUAGUGUGCAAUAUGUUGUCAACUUCCGACGAAGCAGGGCCGACGGUGAGGAGUACUUGGUCACAACGAAGACAUACAAAGAACCAGUGGAAUUUGAGGUUGCAGACAACAACGACAGACUACCUGCGUUACAGGAGAUCAAGGAUGUCUUGUCACCACAUCAUCAGGACACGGAAACAACCGGAGAAAUCACCGAUGGCAAGAAGACGAAGCUUGGAACCCAUGAUCGCGUUGUCGAGACAAGUCUGAAGAUUAACUCUCAGUAUCUGCUCAACGUUCUCAAAUCUGUGAUCACGUACACGAGUACUGCACCGGAGAAACGGAUGAAUAAUCUAACCACUGGCCUAUUUUAUCACCCUUACCAAGAUCUCUUCCAUCACCUUCCAGACUUACUCGAAUACAAAAAUGGAAAUUCGGCUCUCCGUAACAAGCACACCACCUUUUUCAACGAGAAAUUUGACGAGCAUCUGAACCUCCUGGAUGAUUACCUAAAUUCGAAGUCCGGGGCGCCGACAGCGGAGUUCAAUGCGCGUCUUGAAAGGAAGAUACCCACUGUCACGUUUGCCACGUACUGGUUGCUGCUUAAGCCAGGGACUCAAGUAUAUGUUAGAUACGAUGAUGGAUCCCUCAAUGCAUUUAUAUUACAGAGGGUGGAAGGAGGCCCGUCUGAGCGUGGAGGAGAAAAGACCAACCGGAAUUACAACAUACUUGUAUGGAAUCUGAUGUUUGAUGGAAGAGUCAUGUUGCCUGGCUUCCGCAACCUCGAAAUCAGUGUCUUUGACAAUGAACGAGAUAUCACUAGCCUCAAGGUUUUUCCAGCUCACUUCAUUGAUGACAACGACAAUGGCAAAUUGGAGGAGAGGCUUGUCGAGCGUGGCAAACGCUUCUUCACCUACUGUAAGGCCCCGGCGUUCCUGCAGUAUACAGGCAAGAGCUCAGUGGCGAAGAAUAAGACGUACAAACGUGCUCGUGUCGUCGUCGAACAUGCCUCUAUGCCCUGGACCAAUGAAGCCUUCGAAAAGGUCGACCAUCAUUCCCCUGACACAUACUCAAUUGCAGUUCGCGAGGAGAGGUACGAUAAGGAGCCAUUCAGCGAUUACUUCGAUAUCAUACCCAGUGAGACUGAAGUGCUUGAGCGCCAACAAUAUAAAAUCAUGGACUCUCACAUGUAUGCCUUUGUCUUGAAAGAUCGAAUAUACGAUCUACUGGAUGUUGAAGGACUCGAACAAGCGAGCAUGGCUGAAGACGCUAUCAGUAGCCUCGUGAUGGAAGACAACAACAAGGAGAUGAUUAAGGCCAUUGCUCGAACUUACACCGAUAGUGACCAAUCUUCAAGAUUCAGUGCAGACUUCAUCCAUGGUAAAGGUGAAGGCCAGAUCAUUCUGCUGCAUGGCCCUCCCGGUACUGGGAAGACGCUCACAGCUGAAUCUGUUGCUGAGUACACCAAGCGGCCUUUGCUCAGCAUCACCGCAGCCGAUCUGGGUCACGAACCUGAAGCGUUAGAGACGAGCCUCUUGCGCUACUUCAAGAGGGCUAGCGACUGGGAUGCUAUAGUUCUGCUUGACGAGGCCAGA